AUGUGGCUCCUCACAACCCUGCUCCUUUGGGUUCCAGUUGGUGGACAAGUGGCAAAUAUCACAAAGGCUGUGAUCACCUUGCAGCCUCCAUGGGUCAGUAUUUUUCUGAAGGAAAAUGUCACUUUAUGGUGUGAGGGGCUUCACCUGCCUGGAGACAGUUCCACCCAGUGGUUUAUAAACAACACACUGCUUCAGGUCUCCACACCUAGUUACAGUAUCUCUGAGGCCACGCUCAAGGACAGUGGUGAAUACAGGUGCCAGACUGGUCUCUCAAUGCCAAGUGACACUGUACAGUUGGAAAUCCACAGAGAUUGGCUGCUACUCCAGGCCUCUCACAGGGUCCUCACAGAAGGAGAACCUCUGGCUUUGCGGUGUCACGGAUGGCAGAGUAAGCUGGUGUACAACGUGAUUUUCUAUCGCGAUGGAAAACACUUUUACUCUUCUCAGGACUCUGAGGUCAUCAUUCUGCAAGCCAACCCGAGUCACACUGGCAUCUACCACUGCUCAGGCACAGGGAGACAUUACCGCCGCUAUACAUCUGCAGGAAUGUCUGUCACCGUGAAAGAGCUAUUUGCGGCUCCAGUGCUGACAGCGUCCUUGUCAUCUCCCUUCCCGGAGGGAAGUCCGGUCACCCUGAGCUGUGAGACAAAAUUGCUCCCACAGAGUCCUGGCUGGCAGCUUUACUUCUCCUUCUAUGUGGGCAGCGAGACCCUGGAGGAUAGGAACACAUCCUCCGAGUACUACAUCCCAAGUGCUAAAAGAGAAGAUUCUGGACUAUACUGGUGUGAGGUAGCCACGGAGGAUGGCAGCAUCCUUAAACGCAGCCCUGAGUUGGAGCUUAGAAUACUUGGUCCCCAGUCAUCAGGCCCUGUCUGGUUUCACAUCCUUUUCUAUCUGUCAAUGGGACUAAUAUUUUUGGUGGACACAGUUCUCUGUGUGAAAAUACAUAAGAAGUUGCAAAGAAAGAAAAACUACAAUUUAGAAGUCCUUCUGGUUUCUGAUCAGGGGAAGAAAGAAACUUCCUCUUAGCAAGUAUAAAGUGAUAAAGUGUCUGAAGAAGAGGCAUCGCAAGACAGACCACACCAACGGAGCCGUGCAGCUCCUGACUGAAGGAAUACCUCUUGGAAGGUGGCUAUGGACCUGGGCAGCCUGUGGCAGUGCUGGGGCACAAACUUCCAAAAGUUGACUGACACUGAAACUGUGGCACCACACCAUGUGACUCUUAAAUAAAGCAAAUAUACAAGCUGA